AUGCCGGAUAAGCAUCUUCCUGUUCCAAACGGGAUGCUCCCCUUCUGGAGGACGGAACCUCACGUCCUAGACAACCAUCGCUCGACCGAGAAUCUCCCUGAUAGAUGUGAUAUCGUCAUCGUGGGGGCUGGAUAUGCCGGGGCUUCUAUCGCGCAUCAUAUCUUACGCCAAGUCAAACCGGGGUCGAAAGCGCCUUCUAUUACCAUCUUGGAAGCACGACAGGCUUGCUCGGGUGCUACAGCUCGGAAUGGUGGACAUGUUAAGCCUGACAUUUACAAUUUUGUAUCAACACUUGCGACAGAUUAUGGGUUUGACGCCGCAGCUGAAGUUGCAGAUUUCGAGGCAAAACAUGUUCAUGCAAUCAAGGAGUUUGUCGAGAAGGAGAAAAUCGAUUGCGACUACAUCGUGACUAAAGCCAUCGACGUGCAGCUCGAUCCAAAUCACUAUAAAAAGUUGAAGACAGGAUUCCAGGGGCUCGUGGCAAACGGAUGUGCUGCGACAAAGUUGGGCCAGUACGUUGAUGCUGAAAAUGCAGAAGCAUUCUCUGGUGUUAAAGGUGCGCUUGGGUGCUUCUCGUAUGACUCGGGGCAUAUCUGGGCGUAUAAGUUUGUCUUGCACCUGCUUGAGAAAGUCGUGUCCCAAGGCGUGAACCUGCAAACGCACACACCCGUGUCGAAUAUCUCAAAGUCGAAUAUAUCUGGAUCGACCCAUCCAUGGAUAGUCUAUACUCAGCGCGGAUCUGUCGCCGCUGGAACUCUCGUGAUGGCGACCAACGCUUACACUUCUGCCCUUGUUCCCCGGUAUCAGGGGAAGAUUGUUCCGGUAAGAGGCACAUGCAGUCGUAUUGCCGUUCCCCCAGGAUCCUCUGCACCCCGGUUGACGAGUACCUAUACUCUUCGCUGGGGCGGGUGGGACUAUGACUAUCUAAUUCCCCGGAGAGACGGAUCUAUUGUAGUCGGUGGAGCCCGGAAAGCAUUCAUUCACGAUUUGAAUAACUGGUAUAACGUGAGCGAUGACAGUUACGUGCUGGAGCCUGCAAUUCGCUAUUGGGAUGGCUACAUGCAGCGCAAUUUUGUUGGGUGGGAAGAUAGCCAUGCCUAUACUGAUCGAGUAUGGACUGGGAUCAUGGGAUAUUCUUCGGAUGGGCUACCCCAUAUUGGAUUAGUGCCGGGAGAGCGAAAUCAAUACAUUCUAGCUGCGUUCACGGGACAUGGUAUGCCGCAGAUCUUCCUCGCAGCAGAAGGCCUGGCAAAGAUGAUCGUGAAUGGGGUGGCAUUUGAAGAGACGGGACUCCCUCGAUUGUUUAAAACAAGUGAGGCACGGUUGGAUGAGACGAAGAGCAAGAUAUUCGAACACACGCCAAAUUCCGGUCGCUCGGAAGCGAAGCUCUAA